AUGACCGACGGUGAUGACCACACAGUCAGCCCCUCAGCGGCGGCCCUCGCCAUCCCACAGUUCACCUUUGAGGACCUUCGCGAGCGGCUGGGCAGUGUGUUAAGAAGAGACGCCGCAGCUGUAGUCUACUCCCUCGAGGGCUAUCCAAACCUCGCUGUGCAGGAGAUCCUCCUCGAUGGCCUGGACAAGGGGGAUCUGGACGCCAUCAAGACAAGAUUGACCGUCAUCCUUACCCUCUCCCACCCGGGGGUCCUCAAGCACCACCAAGUAGUCGAGGACGAGGGCCUCAUCUACGUCGUCACGGACCGGCACGACAGGACCCUCGAGCGCCUCCUCACCGAGCACAAACGAAGGAAGAUCCCCGUGUCUGCCGGCGUGAUCCUCUCCGUCAUGAAACAGCUCGCCGCCGCCCUCGCCUAUCUUCAUGGUCUCAGCGGGGUAGGUGCUAAUGGGCUUGUCCACUGCGACCUCAGGCCUGCCAACGUCCUCAUCAGCGCAGACGGGGAGCGCUUCGUCAUCGCCGACUUCGGCCUCUGCAGAAACACAUUGUGGAGUGAGAGCACCAUUGCAGGCAUGGCAGUAUACAUGGCCCCCGAGAUGCUCCUCCACAACGAGCCCAGCCCCGCCUCCGAUGUGUGGAGCCUCGGGGUCAUCCUCUACGAGAUGGCCACUCUGAGGAGACCGGACUUCCUGAAAGGUAAAGACCCAAAAGACGUCUUCGUCGACAGGUGGAGGCCGGACCUGAGCAGUGUCACCGAUGGCUUCAUAAAGAGUGUUCUGGAGAGGAUAUUCGUGCUGGAGCCAGAGGAAAGACUGACAGCCAGGGAGCUGCACGAGACGCUCACUGCGGCUGACAUCCCAGUUGGUGAGCUGGGGGCUCAGUACGCGAUGCUGAAGUACGAAUGCGGAUCCCUGAAGGCCGCUCUGAACAGUGCUAACGCUAGGAUUGCUACUCUUGAGGCAGCCCUCGACGCCAGGUCUACUGAGAUGGUGUCUCAGUCAACCGAGACUGCCUCUCUCAAGGACGCACUUGAAGAUCAGUGCAAGGAGCAUCUGGCCAUGAUUAAGGCACUAGAGAAUAGAUUCACAGAAUUUAGUGGUGGGAUGAACACGAGUAGCUCCCAGAUCAACCUCUCUGCGCUGCCUCAACUGAUCCGUGCUGCACACACGAAUGACAUGGAGACUGUCCGGAUGCUGGUCAGCGAAGGGAUUGGCAUCGGCCAGCGCGACGAGCAGGGGAUGACGGCCCUUAUGCACGCGGCCCAGCAAGGGCACGUUGGCCCUGUCAGGCUGCUUGUUGAGAGGGGGAAUGGCCUCCAGGAUAGGAACGGCUGGACUGCGCUCAUGCACGCCGCACACAACGGCCACCCUGGGGCGGCUAGGAUCCUCGCUCCUUACGAGUACUGGAGGAGAGACAACAACGGCCGCACCGCCCUGAUGAUGGCCACACAGCAAGGGAGCCUUGAAGUGGUAAAGCUCCUUCUUGAUCAUGAGAAGGGGCUGAAAGAUAAGCAACAUCACAACGCCCUAUACCAUGCUCUCGAGAAUGGCCACUUAGGGGUUGCCGAGAUGAUCAUUCCCUACGAGGACCCCACAGAUGAGAAGGGCGUCACGGCACUCAUGAGAGCCGCAGCCAGAGGGGACACUGGGAUGGUAAGGCUGCUUAUACCAGUUCAGAAAGGAAUAAAGGAUAGCAAUGGGGACACAGCGUUCAUGCACGCCCUCAAGAAUCAGCACGCAGACAUAGCUCUGCUUCUUCGCGAGCAUGAGGCCCCCUCGUGGACCCCGCUCAUGUGCGCGGCCUUCACUGGAGACGUUACCAUGGUGAGGAGGCACUUCCAUGAGAGAGACGUGAAGAACAGCGACGGCGAGACUGCGCUGGUGAUUGCUGCAAGGAAAGGAUACAGGGAAAUCGUCGAGCUCCUCGAUCCCACAGAUGAGAAUGGCGUCACAGCGCUCAUGCGAGCUGUUGACAGAAACGAUCUGAUGGCUGUGAAGGCCCUCCUUCCUCUCCAGGGGGGACAGAAAGCGACGGGGGAUGUCAGGAUAGGCAAGCUGAUUAUAUACGGUGGAACGGCGCUGAUGAUAGCAGCAGCACGUGGUCACACAAGGAUAGUGGAACUGCUCGUGGAGAAGGAGGGCGGGAUGCAGACAAGUUAUGGUUCGACAGCCCUCAUAAGGGCAGCGGAGAAUGGUCACACAGACUGUGUUAGACUACUAGUAAAGAAGGAGGGCGGGGUACAGAAUAAGUAUGGAUGGACAGCUCUCAUGAGUGCAGCACAGAAUGGCUAUACAAGGAUAGUGGAAGUACUCCUGGAAAAGGAAGGGGGUAUGCAAAGGAGUGACGGCCAGACAGCCCUCAUGAGUGCAACACAGUAUGGUCAUACAGACUGCACUAGAAUAUUGCUAGAGAAGGAGGGUGGGAUGCAGAACAAUGGUGGUUCGACAGCCCUCAUGUUCGCAGUAAGGUAUGGCCACCUAGAGUGUGUUAAGCUACUCCUAGAGAAGGAGAAGAACAUAGACAGGAGGAAGCUCUUGAACACAGCCGAGGGAAAUGAAGAGAUACUAGCGAUCCUCUCGAAGUAG